GCGAGCAUUUGUUUAGUCGUUCUACACUUGGGUUUUUGUGAUGGUGUCAGUUUUGGUGAAUCUUCGAAAACAUGUUCAGAAUCUAUCUUGACUUCUUGAGCCGCCAGACGCCGUUCUUCACCGGCCAUCCUCCCCUGCCGUUCGACCACGCCGGCGUCGCGCAAGCCAGAGCCUCCUCGCCGCAGCCAAUCGCCACUGCUUCCUUCGCCAGAGGUCCGCCGUCAGCAUCAGCGCCGCCGACGACGGUUCACCUCGUCGUGCUGCCGUUCGUCGCCUCCACUGCCAGCGUCGGUCGUCCUCGUCAUCGAGCUGCAGCGCCGCCAAUCGCCGCUGUUUCGCCUUCGCCGGAAGUCCGCCGCUCAUCACCGUCGAGCGCCGCCAAUCGCCUCCAACCGUCGCCCUUAGCUCAGACCGCCAACAGCUGCCGCUCCGCCACUGUCGCCGGCAUCCGUCACCGUCGCCGCAUCCAGCCGCUGCCCCGGAUUGAUAUCGCCGGCAGAUUAACCUCCACGCCGGAUUGAUUGGUCGAUUUUGUAUUUUGACUCAAUUUGACCCGUUCGUUUGAUUUCGUUGAUUUGUCUUCCGUUCGAGCUAUCGAUUCGAUUUCGGCGUAAUCCAGGUCCGUACCAUGAAGUUAAUAGCGUUUAGAAUAGAUUUAAUGGGCCUGGUCAGUGAGGUUAAGACGUGCGCACGAGGGUCUGUGAUCUUGGGUUUGAGGCUAUCGCCCGAGGGAUCCUACCUCCACCGAAUUGAGGCUAUCUUCGGCAUUACACAUUGAGGCUAUCUCCGUCAUAGGCAUUAAAUGUUAAGUGGUUUGACUUUCGUGAAAGUCUAAAUUGGUUUGACCGGUGGCCAAAGAGUUAAUGAGGAAUCCUUAACACCUAAAUCGUUUCGAAAAGAAAGAAAAUAAGUUGACUGUUGGUCAACCGUCUAAAGAACCGAAUGUAAAGUUGAAUUGAUUUUUAUUAAAAGGAUAAACAUAUG